GCGGGUUAUGGUGUGUUGUCGUAGUAGGUUGGAGCUGGGAGGUGCUGCGGGUGAGGGGCGCUGUGACUCCCGUCCUGCACACAGGAGCUCAUGUCUCACCGGAGCCGCCGUCUGGGGGCCAAACGAUAACUGCACCGAUCGCUAUGAGGUACCAUCUAGGAAGCUGAACGGAGCACAGUCAUGGCUCAAUUUGCAGCUGCGCCAUUUGGGGGGAAUUUGGACAUCUGGGCAAUUACUGUGGAGGAAAGAGCAAAACAUGACCAACAGUUCCAUGGACUUAAGCCAACGUCGGGUUAUAUUACAGGAGACCAGGCCAGAAACUUCUUCCUCCAGUCUGGGCUACAUCCUCCCGUACUUGCACAGAUUUGGGCAUUGGCUGACAUGAACAAUGACGGUAGAAUGGACCAGCUGGAGUUCUCUAUAGCCAUGAAACUGAUCAAACUGAAGCUGCAAGGUUACCCCAUGCCCUCUGCUCUACCCGCGGCCAUGUUGAAGCCACCAGUUGCCAUGCCAGCUCCUCCAGGCUUCGGUAUAGGUGGAAUUACUGGUAUGCCACCCCUUGCUGCUGUAGCCCCUGUGCCAAUGCCUGCUAUUCCAGUAGUAGGGAUGUCUCCUCCCUUAGUGUCCUCUGUUCCUGCCGCAGCAGUGCCACCUCUGGCUAAUGGAGCGCCAGCUGUAAUCCAGCCUCUUCCUGCUUUUGCUCAUUCGGCCACAUUGCCAAAGAGUUCGUCAUUCGGCCGCUCUGGUGCCGGUGCCCAAAUCAAUGCUAAGACCCUGCAGAAAGCCCAGUCCUUUGAUGUGCCCGUGACCCCUCCGCAAAUAGACUGGGCCGUACCACAAGGCUCAAGGCUAAAGUAUAGGCAGCUGUUCAACAGCCAUGAUAAAACUAUGAGCGGCCAUCUAACAGGUCCACAGGCAAGAACUAUACUUAUGCAAUCUAGUUUACCACAAGCCCAGCUAGCUACUAUAUGGAGUCUUUCUGAUAUUGACCAAGAUGGGAAGUUAACAGCAGAAGAGUUUAUCUUGGCUAUGCACUUAAUAGACCUCGCCAUGUCCGGACAGCCGCUGCCUCCUGUUCUGCCUCCAGAUUACAUCCCUCCAUCUUUUAGAAGAGUUCGUUCCGGUAGCGGCAUAUCUCUGAUAAGCUCGGUGUCUGUGGAUCAACGUCUACCUGAAGAACCAGCAGAGGAGGAGCCGCAGGCAGCUGACAAGAAGUUACCAGUGACGUUUGAAGAUAAGAAGAGGGAAAACUUUGAGCGUGGGAACCUUGAGUUAGAGAAGAGGCGGCAGGCUCUACUGGAGCAGCAGCGCAAAGAGCAGGAGAGAUUGGCUCAGCUGGAAAGGGCCGAGCAGGAGAGGAAAGAGCGGGAGCGCCAGGAACAGGAGCGGAAGCGGCAACAAGAGCUGGAGAAACAGUUAGAAAAGCAGCGAGAGCUGGAGAGGCAACGAGAAGAGGAGAGGAGGAAAGAAAUAGAGAGGAGAGAGGCUGCAAAGCGAGAGCUAGAACGUCAGCGACAACUAGAGUGGGAACGGAACCGGCGGCAGGAGCUUUUGAAUCAAAGGAACAGGGAACAAGAGGAUAUCGUUGUCUUGAAAGCAAAAAAGAAGACUCUUGAGUUUGAGCUAGAAGCUUUAAAUGACAAAAAGCAUCAGCUGGAAGGAAAACUUCAAGACAUCAGAUAUCGUCUCACUACACAGCGUCAAGAGAUAGAAAGUACAAACAAGUCCCGUGAGCUGAGGAUCGCAGAAAUUACUCAUCUCCAGCAGCAGCUUCAGGAGUCUCAGCAGCUGCUUGGAAAAUUGAUUCCUGAGAAGCAGUUACUCAAUGACCAGCUAAAGCAGGUUCAACAGAACAGUUUGCACAGAGAUUCCCUCCUUACACUAAAGAGAGCUUUGGAAGCCAAGGAACUUGGUCGCCAACAACUCCGAGACCAGCUGUAUGAAGUGGAGAAAGAAACCCGGGCGAAACUUCAGGAGAUUGAUGUCUUUAAUAACCAGCUUAAGGAGCUGCGGGAAAUGCACAGCAAACAGCAGCUAGAAAAGCAGAAAGACAUUGAAGCUGAGAAAAUGAGGCAGAAGGAGCAGGAGCGGAAGUUGUUUGAGCUGGAGAAGCAGAAGGAGGAGGCUCACAGGCUGAUACCUGAGAGCGAUAGUGACAGUACAGAACUAGUCUGUCCAGAUAGAGAACCAGACCAGCCACGUCAAGCAGCCAAGUGUGAGCCCAGGGUAGAGAGACGCUUUAGCUUAACCUCCUUGAGAAACAUGUUCUUCUUAUUUAGAUACUUGUGUUAUCAGCAAAGGCGGGCGCAAGAGCAGGAAAAGCAAUGGCAGGACCGGGUGCAGCAGGAAGAGGAGCCACCGAGGCACAAAAUCCUGCAAGAUGAGGAGAAGCUGAAGAGGGGGGAAACUUUAAAGAGGACGGAGGAGGAGAGACGAAUGGAGAUUCAGGAAAAAUCCAGCAAAUUUUUCCAGCAGCCGCCUGAACUAAUGAAGCCUGGAGGACAGGUCCCCUGGACAGGUACAGAGAAAGCGCCACUAACAAUCUCUCAGGGGGACGUGAAGGUUGUGUAUUACCGAGCACUCUAUCCUUUUGAUGCAAGAAGUCAUGAUGAAAUCACUAUCCAGCCCGGGGAUAUUAUCAUGGUUGAUGAGAGCCAGACUGGAGAACCAGGAUGGCUGGGGGGUGAAAUAAAAGGGAAAACGGGCUGGUUUCCUGCCAACUAUGCCGAGAGACUGCCAGAAAGUGAGUUUCCAAGUACAACAAAACAAGUAGCAGACACUACAGCCAAAACCACUGUUCACUUGACACCGUCCACAGCCACAUCAGCAGCUUUUACCGAUACCUCUACAACCUCCAACAACUGGGCCGACUUCAGCUCAACGUGGCCAACUAAUAAUAAUGAGAAGGCAGAGACAGAUAACUGGGAAACGUGGGCAACCCAGCCUUCACUAACAGUGCCAAGUGCUGGCCAGAUCCGCCAACGCUCUGCUUUUACUCCAGCUACUGUGACAGGCUCUUCUCCCUCCCCAGUACUGGGUCAGGGUGAAAAGGUAGAAGGACUCCAAGCACAGGCGUUAUAUCCCUGGAGGGCCAAGAAGGAUAACCAUCUAAACUUCAACAAGAACGACACCAUCACGGUUCUCGAGCAACAGGACAUGUGGUGGUUUGGUGAAGUUCAGGGACACAAGGGCUGGUUUCCCAAGUCUUAUGUAAAGCUCAUUUCAGGUCCCCUUAGGAAGUCGACAAGCAUUGAUUCUACAACCUCUUCAGAAAGCCCGGCCAGUUUAAAGAGAGUCUCCUCACCAGCAUUCAAGCCUUCCAUCCAAGGAGAAGAAUACAUUGCAAUGUACACGUAUGAGAGCAAUGAACAGGGGGACCUGACCUUCCAGCAAGGUGACAUGAUUGUAGUCAUCAAGAAAGAUGGCGACUGGUGGACGGGCACUGUUGGUGAUAAAACUGGCGUCUUCCCUUCUAACUAUGUCAGACUUAAAGAUUCUGAGGGAAUGGUGACUACAGGGAAAACAGGAAGCCUCGGAAAGAAGCCAGAAAUCGCCCAGGUUAUUGCCCCCUAUACGGCCACAGGCCCAGAACAGCUGACACUGGCACCUGGCCAGCUCAUUCUCAUCAGGAAAAAGAACCCCGGAGGCUGGUGGGAAGGUGAACUGCAGGCCCGUGGGAAGAAGAGGCAGAUUGGGUGGUUCCCUGCCAACUAUGUUAAACUUCUGAGCCCUGGUACAAAUAAGACUACACCGACAGAGCCACCUAAACCAGCAGUGGUGCCACCCACAUGCCAGGUUAUCGGGAUGUACGAUUACAUCGCGCAGAACGACGACGAGCUGGCUUUCGCCAAAGGUCAAGUCAUCAAUGUGCUGAGCAAAGAGGAUCCGGACUGGUGGAAAGGGGAACUGAACGGCCAAGUGGGGCUCUUCCCUUCCAACUAUGUCAAGCUGACCACCGACAUGGACCCCAGCCAACAAUGGUGUGCAGAUUUACAUCUCCUAGAUAUGCUGAGUCCAGUAGAAAGGAAGAGACAGGGCUAUAUCCAUGAGCUCAUAGUGACUGAAGAGAACUACGUGAAUGAUCUCCAGCUGGUCACAGAGACAUUCCAGAAACCAUUACUGGAGUCCGAGCUACUAACGGAGAAAGAAGUGGCGAUGAUUUUCGUCAACUGGAAGGAGUUAAUUAUGUGCAAUAUUAAGCUACUGAAGGCGUUACGUGUUCGUAAGAAGAUGUCUGGUGAGAAGAUGCCGGUGAAGAUGAUUGGUGACAUCUUGACGGCCCAGUUACCGCACAUGCAGCCCUACAUCCGCUUCUGUAGCUGCCAACUUAACGGUGCUGCCCUCAUUCAGCAGAAAACUGAUGAAGUGCCUGAGUUCAAGGAGUUUGUCAAAAGAUUAGCGAUGGAUCCUCGAUGUAAAGGAAUGCCUCUGUCCAGCUUCAUUCUCAAACCUAUGCAAAGAGUCACAAGAUAUCCCCUUAUCAUCAAAAAUAUUAUAGAAAAUACCCCCGAAAAUCACCCGGAUCACAGCCACUUAAAGCACGCUCUGGAGAAAGCCGAGGAGCUGUGUUCUCAGGUCAACGAGGGCGUCCGCGAGAAGGAAAACUCCGACCGUCUGGAGUGGAUUCAGGCACACGUGCAGUGCGAGGGUUUGUCUGAGCAACUAGUGUUCAACUCGGUAACCAACUGCUUGGGACCCCGCAAGUUCUUGCACAGCGGGAAACUCUACAAGGCGAAGAGUAACAAGGAGUUAUAUGGGUUUCUUUUCAAUGACUUCCUGCUGCUGACCCAAGUCAUAAAACCGCUGGGAUCCUCCGGGACCGACAAAGUCUUCAGCCCCAAGUCCAACCUCCAGUACAAGAUGUACAAGACGCCAAUAUUCCUAAAUGAAGUCCUGGUGAAGCUGCCCACAGACCCCUCAGGGGAUGAACCAAUCUUCCACAUCUCUCACAUUGAUCGCGUUUACACCCUCCGCGCAGAGAGUAUAAAUGAGAGGACGGCGUGGGUGCAGAAAAUUAAAGCAGCGUCAGAGUUGUACAUAGAAACCGAGAAGAAGAAGAGGGAGAAGGCAUAUUUAGUGCGUUCUCAAAGGGCAACAGGAAUCGGUCGACUGAUGGUGAAUAUUGUGGAAGGCAUCGAACUGAAACCCUGCAGAUCUCACGGGAAGAGUAAUCCGUACUGCGAGAUCACGAUGGGCUCCCAGUGUCACAUCACGAAGACCAUACAGGACACCCUGAACCCCAAGUGGAACUCGAACUGUCAGUUCUUCAUCAAGGACCUGGAGCAGGACGUCCUCUGCAUCACUGUGUUUGAGAGGGAUCAGUUUUCUCCAGACGAUUUUCUGGGGAGAACAGAAAUCCGGGUGGCGGACAUAAAGAAAGACCAAGGCUCCAAGGGCCCCGUCACCAAAUGUCUGCUCCUACACGAGGUCCCCACGGGGGAGAUAGUAGUGCGGCUGGAUUUACAGCUAUUCGAUGAAACCUAGGGGGCGUGUCCUCCUCCGCCUCCCCAGCCAGCCUUUCACGAUGGUACAUCGUCGCCAAAAUCCCGGAAUCUUAACAUCACCGAUUUUUAAUUGGAAACGACCAUUUUCUAAGAAAAUGUCUGUGUUUUAUAUGUGGGGGACUUCGUUUUAGAUUUUAGGAUGUCGUUUCUUUCCUUUUUCUGAACACCGACGACCUUUGCUGUGAUGAACACUCCGCUCGAAAGGAACGCUGUACAUUCCCUGGAGAAAAAAGUAGAGCCCGGAUGGGGCGUCUGCUGGUGCCGAACUACAAACCCCAGCGAGGCCCACCAGCAGCUACGGAGACAGGCUGGGAUUGGUAGUGUCACUACUGCUAUAGUUUGGAGCACCUAUGACAGUGUUUUUUUUGCUAACCAGUGUGCCUCCAGCUGUAUGUUGCCCCGCCCACGAGGAGCAGCAUUAGAAAACUAGACAGAAGAGAACCUAGCCAAACAUGUUCUUACAUGUUAUAGUUUGGACCCUCAAUGCUGGUUUUGGGGAUCCCGACUGCAUAAAGCAGUGAUCUCCAAACUCUGGACCUCUAGCUGUUGCAAAACUACAACUUCCAGCAUGCCCGGACAGCCUUCGGCUGUCCGGGCAUGCUGGAAGUUGUAGUUUUGCAACAGCUGGAAGCACACUGGUUGGGAAAUACUGAUCUAUGACCAAAAUGCACCAAGGCCCGGAACUGAUGCAUCAGAUUUUUUGCUAUUUUUCUAUUUUAUUUUUAGAUUUUAGUAGAUUAACCGUUCACAUUUCGUUCACAUUUCCAUGGAUGAUAGCGCCACCUAUCACUAGAUUGAUUACUUUGUUCAUUGCACAUUAGCCAGUGGCAGGACACAGCUAAUAUAUAUAUAUAUGUAUACAUA